AUGGCCAGGCAACAGUCUCCCACGGACCUGCAGCAGGAAGUGAUCUGCCCCAUCUGCCUGGAGAUUCUGCAGGACCCUGUCACCACCGACUGUGGGCACAAUUUCUGCCUCCAAUGCAUCACUCAGGUGUCGGAAGCCUCAGCCGAUUUCUUCAAAUGCCCCCUCUGCAACAGUUCUGUGAGGAAGAAUGCAUUCACACGCAACUGGCUGCUGGUGAACCUGGUGGACAGAAUCCAAGCUAUGGAUCCGUCUGAGAUGCGGCCGGAGGUGGAGGAGGAGGAGGAGGAGAUGAGAUGUCCGAAGCACGGGGAGAAGCUGCAUUACUUCUGCGAGCUGGAUGGAAAAUUCCUCUGUGUGGUGUGCUGUGGAUCCAAGGACCACAAAUCCCAUAACACCAGCUUGAUAGAAGAAGCUGCCCAGAGUUAUCAGGGGCAGAUCCAGGCUCAGGUCAGGCUCUUGAGGCAGAAGGAGAAGGAAAUAGCACUCACGAAGGCACAAAGUGAAGAGAAGAUCGACUUCUUCAUGGCCCAGGUGGAUUUAGAGAAGCAAAGGAUCCUGGCCGAAUUCGAGCAUUUGGGGCAGGCCCUAAAGGAGGAGAAGAACUUCCUCCUGUCCCGGAUCACGUGGCUGGGGCUGGAGGAAGCCAAGGAGAGUAAGUUCUACAGCACUGCCACCCAGGCACAGCUCAACUCUCUCAGAAAUCUCACGGACUACCUGGAGACCAAGCAACGAAUGCCACCCCAACAGCUGCUGAAGGGCAUCAAAAGUAUCUUGCACAGGAGUGAAGAGUUUCAGUUUCUCAACCUACCCCCGAUUCCUCUGGACCUGGAGAAAAAGUUCAGUGAAGCAAAGUCAAGACAUGACUUCAUCACUGAGAACCUGAGGAGAUUCAAAGACACCCUCCAGGCCGACAGGAAGAAAGACAAAGGCAAAUUCCUCAAAGGCAUGAAUGAAAUCCACACCAAGAGCUGGUGCCUGUUUGAGAAACACAAUCCUAACCCAGACAACACCUCCACGCCUGAGCCAUCCUCCCCAGUCUCCGGUAUAGAACUGCGGCUGCCCCGCAGCAGAGCCUCCUUCGCCAUGGUUCCUGGAAACCGCGCCAGCGCCGCGAAUGCGGAGAGCUCCCGCGGCGCCGCGCGCACUGCAGAGCUCCGGGAGGCGCUGACCCCCGUGACCUUCGACGCUGCCUCGGCCCAUCCCGACCUCGUCCUCUCCCAGGAUCUCAAAACGGUGACACUGGACCUCGCUCCUGCGGACAGUUUGGAGUACGCCGCGGGGCCGGAGAGCUUCUACCCGUUCCGGUGCGUGCUCGGCUCGCCCGGCUUCUCCUGCGGCCGCCACGCCUGGGAGGCGGAGCUAAGGGGGCCCCGGGGCGGGGCCUGCGUCGUGGGCGUGGCCUGGGAGCAAGUGGCUCGGCGGGGCUUCCUGAUGGUGGACCCCGAGAGCGGCUUCUGGGCGCUGCGCAUCACCGACUCCGAGUGCCAGGCGCUCACCGGGCAAGACACCCGGAAGGAUCUCCCGCUGCGUCCCAGGAAAGUGCGUGUCCGCGUGGACGUCGAGCUCGGGACGGUCGCCUUCUACGACGCCGCCACCAACACCCACCUCUACACGUUCCACGCCUCCUUCCCGGGGAAGAUCUUCCCCUUCUUCAGACUUCUGUUUCCCGGCACCCAGGUCAUCCUGAAUCCCUAGAGUCGUUGCUUUGCCUUCCUUCGCCUCCGGCUUUUCCGCCUCACUCGGGGUGUGCAGCAGGGUUGAAGCCAGGCGUUCAGAAAUUCCAGGCCUGAUGUCUCUGAUCCGACUUUAGAUGUGCUUCCGGCCCUGGGCUCCGAAACCUAGUCUCUCGUCCCCAGUGCACGCUACCUCAGCCUGCAGUCCUCUGUCUUCACCGAGCUGAUUCCAAGUCCUAAGCGAAGGGAGCGUCCUAUAGAGCUCAGGAUUGCAAGACUCAAGAGGAUCCAGUGCUCGCCUCUGUAGAUGAGUCCUGAUGCUAGCCGCUGAGUUUUCCAGGAUCUUCACUGAAGCCUGUAGACCCCAGACCGGCUGGAGCCCUCCUUGCUAUCGCAUUUCCAGAGCAUGCUGGCCUCCUGCUGCCGACCAAUCCAAGGAAUCACCGGGAACCAACUCCAGGCUGGCACAGGAGCGCCUCAAUUCUCUGGGAACUGAGCAACAGCUGCCCAGUUCUUUGGUCUGCACCUGGUAAAAUCAAC